AGUGCACACCAGAUUUUCAUUCCCAUAUCGCCGCAUGUGAAUGAAGAGUAUUUGAUAUAAUACUAGAGGAUUAGAGAGAUCGGGUCUGGGCAUGGAACCAGAGUUGAGGCAAGCGGCAUGCUUAGGCGAUGUAGAGUUCCUGAAAAGAGCUCUUGCUACCAAAUCCAUAGAUUACUUCUUAUCAUACUACUCUUUCACAGAUCCAGAUGGGUUUUCUCAGAAUGAAAUGAUGGGCAAUAUUUUACACCUUUCGGCGAGAAAGGACAAGUUGAAUUUCAUGAGAGAAGCCAUGAAACUACUACCAAAUCAUGUCGUCUUACGACUCCUCUCUCAGCAGGAUGAGUGCGAUCAGAACCCCCUUCAUGUAGCUGCUGCACAGAAAGCUUGUUUUGAACCCGUCGGGCUCAUUCUUGGCUUUUACAAUUCACUUUCAGAAGAUGAUAAUAAUCAUCAUAAGGGAAUAGAAAAGCCGUGGUUAGCUUUAAAUGAACACAACCGUACGCCAUUGCACGUCGUCUUGUCUGGUGUAAAGAAGACAGAGGAUGACGAGGAGUGUGCAUUGGAAAUAUUGUCAAUAGAGAGUCUGGAAUCGUUUUGCAACACUGUUGAUAGUCAGGGGAAUAGCCCUCUGUUUUAUGCAGUCAAAAAUAGGUUUAGCAGGGUUUCUGAAAAGAUUUUGAAGUCAUCCUCCUCCUAUAGUGUUAGCGGCGAAUAUGGUUUCACUCCCCUUCAUUUUGCAUCCAACUCUUCAGAAAAUGUGUUGAGAUUGUUGUUGGAGAAGCAUCCAGAUAUGGUGGACAAAGUUGCGAAUAACGGAUUCAAUGUGGCACACAAAUGGGCAGAACUAAAUGAAAUAUGGCCAUUCAAUUUUCUAAAGAAAGGGGGCUUUCCAGGUGCUAGCUCUAAGAUCUUCAUAGAUCUCAUCAAGUCGACAGAGAAUAUAUUCGGGGAGAGUCCACUACAUACAGCAGCAAGAAUGACAGCAAAUGUUGAGAUAGGGCGAGCGCUUGUUCAAGGUUACCAACGCGAAAUAGAAGCAAGAAAUAGUACUACUGAGAUUGUGUUUCCUGAUUCUCCUCCUUGGAAUUUAAAAAAUAAGAAUGGGGAGACGCCUUUUAUUGUUGCUAUUGGUUCAAAAAAUGCAGAACUUGCAUUGUAUUUCUUAUCAAUUGAUAAAACAUUGUGUCAGAUUCAUACCAGAAGCGGUAGGAGUCCACUUCUAUAUGCUGUUUGUUUUUGUGAUUCAUACGGACAAGUUGUGGAAGAAAUUUUGAGUAUUCAGGAACCUGAUUUUGGUGAUUUGCGUGCCAUGGACGGAACAACUGUGCUCCAUCCACUAGGAAAUUGUCCAGAGGAAAUAGGUACGAUGGUUCUUGAAAAAUAUUGGUGGAUGAUGAACUUGGUUGAUGACAAGGGAAAAACAGCUCUUGACUAUGCAAAAAAUGCACAAGUUUCAUGGCUUGUGAGGUUGUAUAGAAACCCAUCCUUGAUCCAAAAGGAACCUUUUGAUUGGGUUACAGCAUGCCAGCAAAAUGAAUCGUGGGCUGUUGUUGCUUUCGUUGAUACUUGUCAAGACCUUCAUAAAGUUUGUCGUGAAAAACUGGAUACUCCUCUGCACCACAUCAAAUUUCAAACUUAUCAAGAGUGUUUGCAGUUCUUGAAAAAGGAUUCCAUUGCGGACCUCAAAAAUGCAACUGAUUCUGAGGGUGCAACGCCUUUGCAUCGUGCAUUGGAGAGGAAGGACAUGUAUUUGGCUAAGGCAUUGCUCGCUGAUGACGGCGUGAAGCGAAACAUAGCAGACCAUAAUGGUAUAACUGCCAUGGAUUUACUUACCAAGCUCUGCCAAGAAGAUGAUCAUUGGGAAACAAUAAAUCCAGACCUAAAAACAUCAUAUAUCCAAUCUCGAACAAAUUUGGAUCAAAUGAGAACCACAUUAUCAGUAGUCGCAGCACUAUUGGCAACCAUCACAUUUGCGGCUGGUUUCACACUCCCCGGUGGGCUUAACAGCGAAACCGGCAGUGCCAUGCUGGCAAAGAAAGCAUCAUUUAUAGUAUUCUUACUAGCAGACGCCUAUGCCAUGUGUACAUCCAUAUUGGUCUUGUUUUGUUUGAUAUGGUCCAUGGUAUGUGACGAGGAUAUGUCAUACGUGUUAGUGGAUCGCAGUGUUUUUAUACUGAUGCAAUCACUAUAUGGUUCCUUGGUGGCCUUUAUGACUGGUAUCUAUACAGUAAUAAACCAGAGCAAGUUAUGGGUAGCCAUUGUUAUCUUCAUUAUGUGCUCUCUUCUUGGAAUUGCAGCAAAUAGGACUGUUUUGUAUUCCAUUCUUUCCAAGUUGAUACCUGUUUCUAAUCGAGACUACAAAAAGUUACCUACUUUGCAAAAACAGAGAACAAUGCCUAAAUUUGGAAUUGAUAAGUAUCAGUCACGUAGGCAUCAAAAUACUCAAGACCAGACAGACGACGAUCAUGACCCUCCAUUGCUGCUGGAAGAGGGAAAAAAAUCAACUUUUGGAAUUGACAUGAUGUCACACAGUUCCGAGGGAACAAGUAGCAGCCAUCAAAAUCAUGACCAGGAAGACGACGGGUAUCGUCUUGCAUUGCUUGAAGGGGGAAAAUUAUGAUCUGCUUCUGCAACUAUAGAAACAUCAUUUUUGGGUAUGCAAACACUUUGCAGUGGCAGUACUACUAGGGAUAGAUGCAUACAAGGCUUAAUAAUAUCGUCAACCGAUAUUAUUUAAUUUUCAUAUUAAACUUUAUAUACUUGCAAAUAUUUAUUAUGUGUGUUAUUUAAGAUGGUAG